AUCUUCGUAUUCUGUCGGUGCUGGCUUUGUUUGGUCAUAAAGGUACCUGGAAGGGUAACUAAUGGAGACCGCGGGGCACGCGUGAGCCCUUCGCCUAUACACCAACCCGUGGGCGCAUAAGAGAGUCAUUGGGUGAACUUGGCCACAGUUACUACAAUUUGCGCGGUACGCUAUGCCGUCUACUGGAGCAUCCCGUGGAAUGCUAGUCGACAAUAAGGCCAUUCUCGCGCGAUUGCACCGGCUCUGGCAGAAGAACUUCUAUCCUAUAGUCCUAUGGAUCAUUGUGCUUGGCAUCCUCCUGGUUAUCUCAGCUUGCCACCAGUACAGACGUUCUAUGGAGCGAAGUUUGGCUGUACGAAAGGAUAAGGAGAAUGAAGAAGAAGAAGAAACGCUGAACGGAGAUGCCCAUCCAGAUCGGAGAACAUCCUCCGUACAGUGCUUUCUGCGUAUGCUCCUGAGCGAGUGGAAUAUCUUGAUGUACCGACGGACAAUACCCAUGUGGUGGAACUACCGCAUGACAAUUGCGGAGAUGCUAUUCUGUUCCGGAUAUCUUGUUGUCCUUCUCGUCCUCGGCCUUGUGGAUAGCAAUGGUCUACAGUAUAAGGCGUAUGCGAACCGCUGCGGACAUCUUGCCACGUCUCAGAUUCCUCUCAUUAUUGGCUUGGCAGGAAAGAACAACGUUAUAUCUUAUCUGCCCGGCAUCGGUUCGGAGAAACUGAAUGUGCUACACCGUGCCGCUGGGCGAUCGGCACUCGUCUUAGCACUAUUGCACGCUUAUGGAAGGUGGCAGAAUGGUCUGAAAGGGCACAACGCCAUCAACACCCCAAGAAUCAUAUGGGGUUUAGUGGCACUGUCAUCGUUCACGUUGCUCACACUGAUGUCUGUUCGCCCCCUGCGGAACAAGGCGUAUGAAUUGUUCCUUGCCACCCACAUCGUCCUCGUAUUCACUUUUGUCCUCGCUGUCAGCUAUCAUCGCUCCAAGUCCUACCCCUACGUUUUGGUUGGAUGGGUGCUUUGGGCUGUAGACCGACUGGGUCGCUGUCUGCGUGUCGGCAUCCUGAACCGGUUGUGGCUGAACUUCAACCCGUUUUGGAGAAAUCCCGCUUCAACUGCCACCGUCGAACUCCUGUCCGCUGACACGAUGCGGAUAAGUAUGCGCCGUCACAUGAGAUGGAAACCGGGACAAUAUGCCUAUCUAAUCAUGCCGACAAUUUCCUUCCUCGUCUGGGAAAGCCAUCCAUUCACCAUUGCUAGUGUCUCUGAUACGAACGGACGGCAGGAGAACGAAUUAACUUUCAUUGUCCGAGCACGGGACGGAUUCACCAAACGCUUGCUAGCUCAUGCACAGCGGGGAAGAAAGCGACAGUUGGCUGUAGAGUGCGCCAUGGAGGGUCCCUACGGCUGUCCGCCUUCGCUCGCCCACUUUUCCACCGCAGUACUCAUCUCUGGCGGGAGUGGAGUAUCAUACACCCUCCCCCAAUUCAAGAGCAUUAUUCACGACGUCAGAAAUGGCCGCUCGGCUACGAGAUCAGUCUGCUUUAUAUGGGUGGUCAGGCACGCCGAUCAUAUCUCUUGGAUCAGCACCGCCCUUGCAUCUAUACUAGCGACUGCGCCGGAGUUUAUCAAUAUUUCUAUCCGGAUAUUUGUCACGCAAGAUUCCGAUUCUGCUGAUCAGAGACCUUCGAAGCCCUUGCCGAGCUUCCCGAUCAUGAGUAUCGCUCCCGGUCGCCCAGAUUUACGAAUGUUGCUGGUAGAUGAAAUAGAACGCGCUGCGGGAGAGGUAUCUGUCAAUGUAUGUGGUCCUCCCAGCAUGACGCAGACUGUUCGGACCAUCCUGGCUGAGGGUCCAGUGGCAGGGCCUGUAGCGAUUCGGAGAGGCUGCCCGCCUGUAGAAUUACAUGUGGAGACUUUCAGUUGGUAAUAUGCUGUUUUUGUCGUCUGCUGUAUUGUGAUUCUCAAUGUUCCAAUAUGGGUCAUCGAUGAUAUCCUCAUUCAUUCACAUCAUCCUCUGUUGGACUACGUCAUUAUGUACCACACUAUACAGGUUCUUCAUGUUAUCUCGUGAUCCCCGAUGUGACAUCGUCAACCCCAUGGUGACAGACACCUAGGCAUGGCUUGGAUGCCUAAGCCUUCGGCCUGCCAACAAGCACGGCCCCGUUCUCCUCUUCCUCGUCGGCAGUCCAGCUCUCGAGUAAGCUUCCUGCAGUCGAACCAGCGGUACUCGCAGGGGCAGAGAUGACUGGCUCAGGCUCCGUCACUGGUACGGUCUCGGGGGUAGGCUGCGGAAUAUCCUUGACCUCCUUAAGGACUGGUUCGGGCAGGGUGAUUUCCUUCUCGGGUACGGGAAUGGGUACUGGUGCGGGUGUGGGUUCAGGUUCUGGGGAUAUCGGAGCAGUGUUGGUUGGUGAAUGGGAGAUCUCGCGCAGAGCAGCGGUCAUCACCUCUCGUGCUCGGGCGGUGAGGGCGGGCACGUCCGCCAUGGUCAUGGAUGAUGUAUCAAUAGGGGGAAGGACUUUGAUCCGCAAAUCGCCACCCUUGAAGACACCAUAAUGAUACAGCCUCCAAUAGUUCUCACACACAACGGGAACUAUUGGGACGCCAGCCUCCACGGCGACAUGGAACGCGCCCUUCUUGAACUGUCGGAGCGUGUUCUCUUCCUUCAAUGUCCGUGUCCCCUCCGGGAACACCCAUAGGUUCAUAUCCUUCUUCUUCAUCUCUUUUCCAGCGGCACUAAGACUCGCAAUUGCCGAUGCUGGGUCCUUGCGGUUGAUGAAAAGCGCAUGGGAGAGGGACAUGAAUUGACCUAACAGGGGCACCCACCGCAGGGACUUCUUUGCAAGGAUAACGCUGUGGAGCGGGAAGAUGCGACCAAGAUAGAGGAUAUCGACCAUGCUCUGGUGGUUUCCGAUGAGCACGGCAGGGUGUGUAUUUCGAAGGUACUCUUCGCCUUCCACUUUGUAUCGUAUGCCGAUGAUAGGGGAGGUGAAGUAGUAGAAUGAACGUGCGACGACGUAGUUGAUGUUCCUUCCUUGCCCUAUUGGGGGCAUGACUAGGGCGAGUAUGACACCCCAUACGGAGACGAUCCCGAGAGAGCUAACAAAUAUCAGGCUGUUCAUGUAGAACUCGAGAGCAGGGAUGCGACGAAGGAUGAGGGGCAAGGGAAUGAGCGGGAGGAGCCAUGAGAGCCACAUGUUGACCGGCAAUUACGUUUCCAGCUUUGUGAGGUAUGGUAUAUGUAGACGUGCGACUAUAAGAUAUCGUCUAUGCGAAUAUGCGCUUGCUCGCUGACUCCCGUUGACGCGUUCGUCGUCGUUGCUGUCGUCGUGGAGGUCGUCGUCGACUC